UUUCAGAUAGAGGCUUUACGUGCCAGUAGUCUUCAAGUGCCUGAAGGCACGUCCCUUUUAAUUCUCUUUUUAAUUGAUUUCUCCAUUUCCAUAGCUCUGAGUUUCAGUAUCAUUUACUUCAUCCUCAGACCUCCUCGCAUAUCAGAAAUGUCAGUGGAAGAACUUGAUGCUAAUGAAAAACAAGCUUUUCUGAAUUGGCGCCGGAUGUUUGUGAGGCUAGAGGAAAAUGAAAAGCUUGUGUUGACUCCUUUCGAAAAGAACCUCGACAUCUGGAGACAGCUUUGGCGAGUUCUUGAACGUAGUGAUUUGAUUGUUAUGGUAGUUGAUGCUAGGGAUGUGUUAGUUCCUGCACUGCAAAAACGAGACAUCAUAGCUCGUGCAAAGACAGGAACCGCAAAGACAGUAACUGGAAAUACUACUCUCGAUGUCAAAGCUGAGAGGGCAGAGGGCAGAAGAUGUUCUCACACAUCAGAGAUACAUGCUAAGGCCAAGAAGGGAAUGGGAGCUCAAGGUUUUGAUUUAGUUCCCUUGUUUUCUAUAGCCCUUUUUAUAUUUAGCUCUGAUGUUUGUGUAAGAUUUGAUGAAAAUGUAGACUGUUUGUGGUAAUGAUGUAAGUACAUUUUGGUUUUAUCAAUGAAAUAUAAAUUGAAUAUUA